AUGAGCAAAAAUAGACCCGAGCUAGAUCAAUUUAUUAUCGCGGACGAAGAAGACACCUACAAAACAACGUCGACGUCACAGCAGCCACAACAAGCCCCAAAUCCACAAUCUUCUGCCAAUUCCAGCACACCCUUUUCAUGGGCACCCAAAGUGGAUCUUUCAUCGGCAUUUCUGCCCUUUGCAGCCGCGCCCGAUGCUGCUCCAAAAGUAGAAGAACGACAAUUUCAAGGCGGCGAUACUCUCGAUGAACCAGUGUGGCAUACGUUGCGUAGAGACCUAGUGCAAAUUGGCCAGAGAUUGGCUAUGGUGGUGUGGCCAGCUCAGCUCCAGAAAAUGGCGCGUGCUCAACAAGGCCGACUCGUUGAUUUUGCGGCUCGCAAUGGUGUGCGCUUGUCAGAUUCUGUCUCUCAAUCCUUGGGUGGUGGUACCGAUACUACCGAGAAUACCGAGAGCUUAGAGCUGGGCACAACAGGUGACAAACUAUCUUUAGACUGGGACUUGUGGGGACCUUUGAUGUUCUCUCUAGGCUAUGCCGUGACCAUGGGGUUGACGGCUCCGUCGCUGCAAAAGAACGUGGUGUUCUCCAACUCAUUCUCAUUCAUCUGGUUUUUCUAUCUCGUGGUUGGCAUCAACAUUCAAUUGUUGGGCGGCCUGAUCCUGUUUUUGUCGGCAAUCAGCGCUACCGGUUAUCUGAUGUUUCCCAUUGUGUUGGGUGCUGUGUUGAGCACUGUCUUAUUCAGUAGAGGGCUUAUCAGAUUGAUCAUAAUGUCUAUCACAACGUUGUGGAGUGUGUACGCAGUGCUGAUGAGUCUUAAAUGCUCUGGAGUGUUGCCAGGACGGGUUCUUUUGACAAUAUAUCCAAUUGCCCUUUUGUACAUGGUGUUGGCCUGGAUCGCCGUAAUUACCUAA